CAUGUGAAAUUUAUAACAACAAAGCUGGCAUGUCUGAUGAUACAUUUUUUAUCACCAAACACAAUUUUCGAUUAUUUGAAAAACUGUUAUUUUGUUAUUUGUAAAUUAUUUAUAUAAUGACUACCCUUAAAUGGGAUAAUAUUAAAACGAUUGGCGAUCAAGAUGCUGUGGAUGACGUUUCGUCGGAUUCCGAUAUUGAAAUCGAAUACCAACCAAAAAAACAUAAGACUAAGGGUGAUUCACAUUUCGAUGAUGAAUUUAAGUUUUUGUCAAUGGCAUCCGAAUAUAAUCAAGACACAUGGGAUGAUUUGCAAAAAUAUGUAAAAAAAAAAGGAACCAAUAGAAUUGAUGAAAAAAUAGAAAAAGCUCGUAGAUAUGUGAAAUCAUUUUUGCCUGAUGUCACUACUGAGGAACAUGAAGAUUACAAUGAACCAUCAGAUUGUGAUUCAUUAUCCGAAGAUGAACUAAAAAAAGAUGGUAUCAAAGAUAGACAGAAACUGGUUGGUAAAAAAAAUAAAAAAAAAAAGGAAAUUGAAGAAAAUAAAAAUGAUAUAACUAUUGAAGACUCUGAAGAAUUUUUCGAAGAUGCUCCUCCAUUUGAAGAAAAUGCUACAUUUUAUCAAAUGAAUAUUUCAAGACCUUUAAUGAAAGCAAUAAGUGCCUUAAACUAUGUUCAUCCGACGCCUAUACAAGCUGCUGCAAUACCUGUAGCUUUAUUAGGUAGAGAUAUUUGUGGUUGUGCAGCUACAGGUACUGGAAAAACAGCAGCUUAUAUGUUACCUAUUCUAGAAAGACUUUUAUACAGGCCAAAAGGGUUUACUCCUAUCACUAGAGUUUUAGUUUUGGUGCCAACUCGAGAAUUAGGUGUACAAGUUUAUCAAGUUACUAAACAACUAGCACAGUUUACUACAGUUGAAGUUGGUCUUUCUGUUGGUGGCUUAGAACUUAAAGUGCAAGAAUCUAUACUGCGAAAAAAUCCAGAUAUUGUUAUAGCUACCCCUGGUAGAUUAUUAGAUCACUUACAAAAUACACCAUCAUUUUCAUUGUCAGAUUUAGAAGUAUUAGUAUUAGAUGAAGCUGAUAGAAUGUUAGAUGAAAAUUUUGCUGAACAAAUGAAAGAAAUAAUUAAUAUGUGUGCUCGUAACAGACAAACAAUGUUGUUUUCAGCUACAAUGACUGAUGCUGUUAAUGAUCUUGCAUCUGUUUCUCUAAGCAAACCUGUUAAAAUAUUUGUUGAUAGUAAUACAGAUGUUGCAUUUAAUUUAAGACAAGAAUUUGUAAGAUUGCGCCAAGGAAAAGAACAAGAUCGAGAUGCAACUUUAGCUGCUUUAGUGUGUCGUACAUUUAGAGAUCACACAAUGAUAUUUGUGCGAACUAAAGCUGAUGCUCAUAGAGUGAAAAUCUUACUUGGACUUUUUGGUUUAAAGGUUGGUGAAUUACAUGGAAAUUUAUCUCAACCUCAAAGAUUAGAAGCACUGCGUAAAUUUAAAGAUGAAGAACUUGAUAUAUUAAUUGCUACAGAUGUUGCAGCUCGUGGAUUAGAUAUUCGAGGAGUGAAAGCUGUUAUUAACUAUGUUAUGCCACCAACUGUUGAACAUUAUAUUCAUAGAGUUGGUAGAACAGCCAGAGCAGGUCGAUCUGGUGUUUCUGUUUCAAUCGCAAGUGAACAAGACCGCAAAGUUCUGAAGGAAGUAAUCCGUAAAGCUAAAAAUCCUGUAAAAAAUCGUGUUAUCCCUAUUGAAAUUUUAGAUAAGUAUAAAGAACGUGUUGAUUCUCUUAGAAAUGAGGUUAAAUGUAUUAUGCAUGAAGAGUAUGAAGAAAGACAAAUGACUCGUACUGAAGAAUUUGCUGAUAAAACUGAAAAAAUGGCAAAAACCAGUAUUGGCAGUUUAGUAAAGAAAAAAGAUGAAAAAAAAAGAGAUUGGUUCCAGACUCAAAAAGAGAGACAAGAAGCUAAAAAGCGAUCCCGAGAAGCUUUUUCAUCUAAAAUAGAAAAAAAUAUUAAAAAGAAAAAGAAAAAUACUGAUGGUGAAGGUGGUAAUGAUGAUGAAGAAAUAGAAAGUCAAAAAAAAAUGCAAAGAGUAGCUAAUUUCCAAGCUAGAAGUGCUAAGAAUAAAAUGAAACCUAAGAAAAUGAAGGCAAUGUCAGAUAUUGAUCAGGGUAAAUUUUCAUCUAAGUCUGCUAAUGGUAAACAAAAGAAAGGAAGUUCUGUUUUUGACUCACAAUUUACGGAUGUAAGCAAAUCUGGUGUUAAAAAGUACAGAUAUGAAGCUAAUCAAGCCAAAAGAAUGUUGGCUAAAAAGAAAUGUGAUUUAAUUCAAAAAGGAAAAAAAAGAAAAUCAACAUUUCAAUCCAAAAAAUUAAGUUUUCAGGGUAAAGGAGGGAAAAGAAGAUGAAUAUAAAA